UAGAACGUGCAGGUGAGGGGAGGAGGAGAAUGCGGGACUUUUUCCUGAAACACUUCACACACAUCCAGCACGGACUCUGGAGGAAUAACUUAAGGCUUUUGUUCGCUAUCCUGCGCUGCAUCUUUCCAUAAGUGGCCAAUUUGCGUGCUUUGGGAAGUCGGACUAAGAAGCUUUCUCUUUGUCAAGUUAACCGUAAAGGAAUCUAUAAGAGCUUGGCACGCGCGCGUAAGACUGCGGGGAAAGCGUUUCCCCUCGCUGUGUUUCAAGGUAAGAGAACGUAUAAUAACUGGAAAAGACUUUAAAAGCAGUUUGGCUCAUUCCCAGCCGCUAGCGCAAGCUUUGAGAUGCGAAUGCGAGAGCCGAAUUCUCAGACAGAUCUCUUUUGUGUUCUACUGCAUUGCAGUUUAAAACAGUGAAAGCGCGAGAGGAGCCAGCGCUCCGCAGCAUCUCAAUGAGCCGGACAAAGUCGCUGAAACUGCUCAAAUUUAACUCCACUUUACUCCUUAAAGGCAUAAAGGAAUAUUUUUGGAGGUAAAAGUGGCGCAAAGACUUCACAGCCCUUCACAAAGUGGAUGUUUUAUUUUAUCGCGUUGAAAACGUGACCGGGGAACUAAAAGACUGUUGGUGGAAAAAAAGAUUGUGGGCGAAUAGGAAGCGUCUAUAGAAAUUGUUCGUGUCGAGUUUGGCUUGAGCCCGUCUGCUCUGGACCGGAGGAGGCUGCGGAUAGAGGGAUAGAGAGUGAAAGAGAGAGAGAGUCAUGGGGAGAAGGAGCGUUGGCGCAGUGCACUCCGCGCGCUGCUACCUCGUGCUCAUCCUGCAGCUGCUGACUCAGCUCCCGCGCGUCAAUUCGGCUCUGCGCUACCGCGUGGCGGAAGAGGGGCCGGCCGAUGUGCAUAUAGGAAACGUGGCUGCGGACCUGGGGCUGUCCACCCCCGGGAUAGGGACAGGUGAUGUGACUUUUGCUCUGGAAUCUGGCUCUGAGUUCUUCAAAAUUGACAAUGUAACUGGAGAGCUGACUACAGGCAGCAGGAGGAUUGACAGAGAGAAGCUGCCCCAGUGUCAGAUGAUUUUUGAUGAGAAUGAAUGCUUUUUGAACUUUGAGGUGUCAGUCAUAGGUCCGCUGCAGAGUUGGGUGGAUUUGUUUGAGGGGCGUAUCGUGGUCACAGACAUCAAUGACAACACACCCUCUUUUCCAUCCCCUGUACUCACACUAUCUGUUGAGGAGAACCGGCCGAUUGGCACCCUGUAUCUCCUUCCCACCGCCACUGAUCGUGAUUUUGGUCGUAACGGCAUAGAUCGCUAUGAGCUCAUCCAGGAUAGCAGAGAUGGAGGUUCCUCUUUGCGACGUCCCGCGAACGUACAAGCAAAUGGGAAUGGUGGGGACCGUAGGAGAGGCUUAGACUCAGGGGCGGGGCCUGCCAGCAGAAGCAGCGUAUUUGAACUGCAGGUAGCAGACACACCUGAUGGACAAAAGCAGCCACAACUAAUUGUCAAAGGGCCUUUGGACCGUGAGGUGCGUGAUUCUUACGAACUUGUGCUACGUGUUCGUGAUGGCGGCACCCCACCCCGCUCCUCUCAAGCUUUGUUACGUGUGUCCAUCACGGAUGUCAAUGACAACAGUCCACGCUUUGAGAGAGCGGUUUAUGAAGCAGAAAUGGCGGAAAAUGCCCCACCUGGCACACCUGUCCUGCAGGUGCGCGCCACGGAUCGGGACGUCGGCGUGAACGGGCAAGUUGAGUAUGUGUUUGGAGCCGCCACUGAAUCGGUUCGGCGCCUCCUCAGGCUGGAUGAAGCAUCAGGAUGGCUUAGUGUUUUGCAUCGCAUCGACCGCGAAGAAGUUUCACAGCUACGUUUCACCAUAACGGCUCGUGACCGGGGCCAGCCACCCCGCACUGACCGCACUACGGUCGUUCUGAAUGUAAGAGAUGAAAACGAUAAUGUACCUGUAGUGGAAAUUCGAAAAAUUGGAAGGAUACUUGUACGGGACGGUGCAGCCAUGGUUCCAGAGAAUGUUUUGGUUGACACGCCAGUAGCGCUAGUGCAGGUGUCAGACCAUGACCAGGGGGAGAAUGGUGCGGUUACCUGCACCGUGGUGGGAGACGUUCCUUUCACACUAAAACCAGCGGGCGAGACAGCUCAGGCACCUCCCCCAGCCACAGAUGAUGCUUUUGAGCGAAACAAAAAGAAAUAUUUUCUGCACACCUCAGCACUUUUGGAUUACGAAGCAACACGUGAAUAUAGCGUCACUAUUGUGGCCGUGGACUCUGGCAGCCCAAGCCUCUCUAGCAAUAGUUCUCUUUUAGUGCGUGUGGUGGACAUUAAUGACCACGCUCCCACUUUUGCCCAAAGCUUAGUGGAGGUUCAUUUUGCUGAGAAUAACUCCCCAGGAGAACGUGUGGUCACUGUAUUGGCGGCCGAUGCCGACAGCGGCAAAAAUGCAGAGAUUGCAUAUUCACUGGAUCCAUCUGUUAAUGGAGCUUUUUACAUUGACGCCGAUAACGGUGAUAUUCGUGCCACCGGAGCGCUAGACAGGGAGCAGAGGGAACGGUACGAAUUUCGUGUGAUAGCCCGGGACAAAGGCACCCCCUCACUGCAGGGCUCCGCUACCGUCGUAGUUCAAGUCACAGAUAGAAAUGACAACUCUCCCAAAUUUGUCCAGGAAAUUUUCACAUUUUAUGUCAAAGAAAACCUGCUAGCCAACAGCCCUGUCGGUAUGGUAACUGUUACCGAUGCAGAUGAAGGAGAGAACGCCGAGUUGAGUCUUUUUGUUGAGGAUGAUGAAGAAGAGGGUGGUGAGGAAGGCAAAGAAAGAAAGCAAGAAGUUUUCUCCAUCGAAAACAACACUGGCACCAUUUUCUCCUCUGCCUCCUUUGACCGCGAGCGGCGUAGUACAUACUCAUUCCGUGUGCGUGCCGUUGAUGGUGGAGAACCGCCGCGGUCCGCCACUGCUACUGUCUCCCUGUUUGUCACUGAUGAAAAUGACAACUCGCCAUCCGUCACAUCACCAGCUAAUGAAUCAUACACCUUCCUGCCACCCGCCAGUGGGGCCCGGACUGUAGUCCAGACAGUCACGGCCUCUGACAACGAUGCAGGGUCUAAUGCUGAUCUCCGCUAUUCUCUGGUUGGAGGAAACCCCUUUCAUCUCUUUGAGAUCGGCUCUAAUAGUGGGGUCAUAACCCUGGCCGAGCCCCUGGAGAGAAGACACAAGGGUCUGCACCGCCUGGUGGUCCGGGUCAACGACAGCGGUGUGCCUUCCCUUUGUGCCACAGCGUUGGUUCAUGUCUUCAUCAAUGAGACCUUGGCCAAUGCUACAUUAGUGGAUGCACAGGUGGCCCGCAGCCUUGCAGUCCCACUCUCUCUGGAUAUUGCAGGGGACCCAGACAGCGAGAGAGCACUGGGUAAACAGCGUUUGAGCGUUGCCAUUGGUGUCCUGGCCGGCGCCGCUGCCGUCAUUCUGGUCAUCCUCUUGGUGGUGACGGCCCGGCAGUGCGGGGUCCAGGGUAAGAACGGCUACGAGGCUGGCAAGAAAGAACCAGAGGAGGACUUCUUCAGCCCACAGCCUCCCCCGCUACAAGCUCAGGGCUCCCUUAAUGAACGUGGACGCAAACCACGCAGAGACAAGCGCAGUAAUGGCAGCACCAAAGCCGAGCGUUCCCUAUACAGUGGAAUUAUGACGGUGAACGGCUGCAGGCGUGGGGUUGGCGAUGAAGAAGAGGAGGACGAAGAGGCAAGCAACGCCAGCGAAAGGAUCGCCGCGCGGUACUGCGCGGCAGCAGACGGGGACCCCAGCAGCCCAAGACUGGGCACCAGACGGCACCAAUCGAGCCCUGAUCUGGCCCGUCAUUACAAGUCAAGCUCGCCCUUGCCUGCAGUGCAUCUCCAGCCCAAUUCGCCACCCGUGGAGGGAAAGAAGCACCAGGCCGUCCAGGAUCUGCCCCCUACUAACACCUUUACCGGUAAUGGCACGGCUAACGCAGAUGCCAUGUCCCUCAGCUCAGACCAGUGCUCCGAUUACAGCUGCCAGACUGCCAAGUACAACAAACAGCCGCUUAGACGGGUGACAUUCUCAGUUGUGAGUCAAGCUCCAGAUCAAGGUUGCUAUGACAGCGGGGUGGAGGACUCCGAGACCCCCAGCAGCAAGAGCUCAUCGGGUCCCAGACUGGGAUCUUUACCUCUGCCUGAGGACGGAUAUGAAAGGACGACACCAGAAGGAAGCGUAGGCGAAGAGGAGCAUGUAGAGAAUGACCCCAGGCAGCUCCCCGACGUGGCUCUGACAGGAAAAUGCACGCGAGAAUGUAACGAAUUCGGUCACUCCGACACCUGCUGGAUGCCCGUGCAGCCGUCACCUCGCAGACGCAUUGAACCCCCCCAGCUCUCAACCUUCGCCUCACCCGGCGACAACAACAACAACACAGAGGACGACAGCGAUCGCGAGGACGACAGAGACGACGGCACAGACAAAAGCAGCGGUGGAAGCGAGGAAGUCCGAGAUUCGCUCGCGAACGGAGAUCCGCUCGGAACGCUCAGCCGCCGGGACCGCAACAGGAACAUGGGCGACCACAACCGCAACCUCCUGAACCGUAAAAUGACCUCAGCGUCCUACGACACAUUCAGCAGUGCCGGCUUCGGUCGCCGUCCGGAAGAAGAAGGCUCGCACUCCCCCGAGGUCAUACCACUUACGAGGACGGGGGGCGACUAUAAGACCACCUCGUGCCUCGCUCUGUCUCGCAGGGAAGUGUACCUGUGAGCUGCAGCUAAGGGUACGGCCCCCGAGCGAAAUCUUCGCUGCAUCGGAGCAGGAGGAUCAUUGACACUAGCGCACACCUGUUCAGAACAGGUCUCUUCUCCUUGCCAAAAAUUCAUCUUACAUUCAUUCUCUGGAUGCAAAAAAAUAGAAAUCCAAGUUGAGGAGAUAAAGCGAAUCAUCUUGCAUUCUUUCAUAAGCUUUGAUGGACUUUGCACAUGGCGAAGGCUUGCAUGUUACGCCUCCUAAAGGGGGCGCUGUGGGGAUUGACAGCUAAUGCUCUGAGUUCUAAACUCAUCUUAUUAGUUCACAUAAGGACACGAUUCGGUCACAGACCUGAAUAUGGACAUGUGGGUCAAGAUGUCAUAAAGAGACGCUAAUAUCGAUUGUGGUACAUUGCGGACAUUUCCCAUGUAGCAUUAGGAUGAAGGAAAUUCUAACAAUUCGUAUGGUGAUGCCUAAAUAUUUUAUUCUAACUGGUUUCCUAUUGCUGUGCCAGUACAGUCACAAUAACAAACAAAAGUCUUGAAUUAGAAACUUUUAGAUGAAAAAGUUCAUUUGUAUUUUGUUGUCCUUUUAGUACAAAUAUGGGAAUAGAAUGCAGCUAUCAUCAGCGCUUCAAAACAUUCAACUGGAAGUCAUUGGCAUUUCGCUUCUGCAAUGGAUGAUUAUCACAAUGACUGUUAAAUGACCAUCUCAUCGGACCUCAGUGUUAAAAUCUCAGAUUCUAAAUACUCUGUACACAGCACAAACACACAUUCACACACAUAGCAUACAUCCCAUGCUGGGAAUCCGUUUUCUGUCCGUAUCCAUUUUAGCGCAGGUGUGUGUGUACAGGUGUGUAUGUAUUAUUUUUCAAGACACUUUUUUUGGAAAGUAGCUGUAGCAUUUUUGCCUGCUUAAUCUUCGACUAGUAUAUAAGACAUUGAAGUGUAUUUGAAUAACUAAUCAUCUGUGUAAAGUGCAUACACAGGGGCAUUAAAAAAACGUUUAGACACAUCUAUACUAUACUAUAAUCAAGGACUAUACUGUAUCUCAUCCCUUUUUAAGUAGAGCUCAUAGUAUACUCAUACUUGUAAACCAAAUUUCUUUAAAGGCUACACUGCAUGACGAUAAGCUAAUGCUUAUUUUGUUAAAUAAGGAUUCGUUUUUUGUUACCGCUAUGAGAGGUGCGUGAGUGCGUGUGUGAAUGUUAAAGCGAGGUCAGCGUGCAAACAAAUCUUUCAUGAAUCGACGGAGAAGAGCAGCCUUUAAUUUAGAAAGAAACGUCCCGCAAAUGACACAACAACGUAGUUUUCAAAACCCAGUUAGACACUAAAUAUAUGUAUUUUUACAAACUUGAAUAUGGCAGCCGUGACCUGGACGGCAUUUGAAAGCCGUCUUACGUCGAGUUUAUGAAUGGCUUUUUUUAGCUCUUGUUUUGCAUUGUAAGUACAAUCUGAUUGAUGACAACGAAUUGACAUGUAUUUCAACAACUCUCAGGAAAUUCGAGAUUAAGCGUUUGUCUUUGGACCAUUAUCAACAUUCUGAGCUUUAGUCUGCGCUCCGUCUCCGAUCGAUUCGUCCUCUCACAAGGCCAUAGUUUGAGAGCCUGUUUUCUUAGCCCUCCCCUUUUAGCGGACAACACUGUAUGUCUCGACGCUGUCUGAAGUGUGCGUGCUUUCUGGUUUCCCAUGUGGUGAGAAUCGCAGACUCAUCUCUUCACUUCACUGAAACAGCCUUGGAUGUGGAGCGCGAUCGGUGGACUCCGAUCCAUCUAUGCCAAAAUCCGUCCAGGUUUUCCGGUGUUCCUGGAACCACCGGUGCACAAACUUACCUUGGAAAAAAAAGACUAGCCCAGAACCUGCAGUUCAGUGCCUGGAUGAGAGGAAAUUUCAGAACUGGCUUACACUCCGUCGAACAGGGUUUGGAUCGGGAGGACUCACUCGAGAGAGAAGAAAUAUUGUGUUUCCUUUGCCAGGUUUAUAGGCUUAAUAUGCUGUUAUACAGCAGUCUGUAAGUAGUGUACAGUAGGGCUUUACGUGAUACAUAACGGACUAUGUAUAUGAGAUGGUGUGUCUUCUUUUUUUACUGCACGUUUACCUAACAGUUCAACUCGCUUACUGCAGAAUAGUGGGUGGGGGGGUCGAAAUACCAUUGUGUGUAAAGCGUAACAUUCACUCGAACUUUUUUAUGAGAUAAACACUGAACUCAUCUGUUCGCCUGACAUCAGCCAUUUUACUGCUACCCUGUAGAGAAACGACCACUGAACUUUAACCUGAAAGGCAUGUUGACGGUCUUUAAUCCUGCACCUGUGAGGAAAAUGUUUUUUUAUUUCUCUGUUUUUAUGCUAUGUGAAAGAGGAGUUUUUGAAGCUUCCUCUUAUGGAAUCGAUGAGUUUAUUGCAUUUGUUAUGACAAAUAGCAAAUCAAAAAGGGGUUUGGAAUGGUUUGACAGAUUUGGUAUGUGACAUGUAAAUGUUUGAUUUUGACAUUAAAACACAUUAAAACUG